AUGGAGAAGCUCGGCCCUGCACGCGACAAGUUUAAGAAGAUUUUUAAUGCCCAUUUGAUCAAGGCCCUCGAUGGCGGGAAGAAAAAGUACUAUCUCGGGGAUAAGUAUUCGGCAGCUGAUGCAAUGAUGACCUAUAUCUUGAUGACGGCUGAGUAUUGCGGUUGUGGAAUGAUUGAAGAUGAGGUCGUUGAAAAGUAUCAUUCCUGUAUGAAAGAGAGGCCGAGUUAUUCCAAGGCCUUUUGCCCGUGAGUGGUUCCCUUCAGGUGUCGUUUUCUUAGCUUUUCGAUAGUCUGGAGUUCUAUUGCAAGGGCUUAAUUCUGCAUCUGCUCUCAAACGCAACAGUACGUUGUAACGUUAGCAUGUUUUUAUCUUCCCUAGUGUUCUGAAAUUCUCCCACUGGAAUGAGAUAGUUCAUGAAUGGUAAAAUUCCUUUCUUCGUAAAGAAGUUUAUUCUCCUU